AUGGACCGGGUAUUGAAGAGAUGCCGUAUCAGCAGUCGCCUGGUUAGAGAGUGCCUCGCUGAAUUUCUUGGCGUGUACGUUUUGAUAUUGUUUGGCUGUGGCUCUGUUGCUCAGGUGACAACUUCAGAAAACACUAAGGGAGAAUAUCUGUCAAUUAAUAUUGGAUUUGCUCUGGGCACUACAUUUGGAAUCUAUGUGUCGAAAGGAGUAUCAGGAGCUCACUUGAACCCGGCCGUUUCCCUUAGUCUGUGUUUCCUGGGCAGAUUCUCCUGGACUCGACUUCCGUUUUACGUCUUCUCACAGACGUUUGGUGCCUUCCUGGCAGCAGCCACUGUCGCUCUGCAAUAUUACGAUGCCAUAUUCCAUUACAGUGGUGGCUACCUUACAGUAAAUGAUGCCAAGGCCACAGCUGGAAUAUUCUCAACUUACCCUGCAGAAUACCUGAGUGUAUGGGGAGGAAUCGUAGAUCAGGUGAUUGGAACGGCGGCUCUACUGGUGUGUGUUCUGGCGCUGGGCGACAGCCGUAACUCCCCCGCCCCUCCUGGGAUGGAACCUGUGCUGGUAGGAGCUGUAGUGUUGGUAAUCGGUGUGUCCAUGGGAUCGAACAGCGGCUAUUCCAUAAACCCAGCGCGGGACCUCGGCCCGCGAAUCUUCACCUAUAUGGCCGGCUGGGGAGAUGAGGUGUUCAGAGCUGGGGGUGGAUGGUGGUGGAUCCCGUUGGUGGCUACCUCUCUUGGUGGCCUUGUCGGCUCACUGAUUUAUGAACUGCUGAUUGGCGUCCACCACCCUGAACCAGAACUGACCAAGAUUAUCGACAACCUGAAGGACUUGGAACUGGAUGUGGCACAACAGGAGUCUGAAAGACCCAAUGGGCUUACCAAAGUAAUGAACGAGCAGGCAAUACGCUAUGAGUGAGCAAUCCAUUGGAAAGGACAUUAAUGCUUGGAAGAGCUGAAGGUAAAAGAGGAAGAGGACAGCCAACAACAAGAUGGACCCUAUACAUACGGCUGCCAGAGGCAAGUAAGGAAGCCUUUCCAACACCAGCAACAAAGCCACUGCAUGACUUGAAACCAUGAAAUUGGGUGAUGAUCAAAGACUUCAGAAGGAUGAAAUGGAAUAAACAGAGGCGGACUGGACCAUUGCAAAACCAACUGACGACCUACACGGCUGUGAAAGUGACAGGCAGAGCCACCUGGCUACACGCGAGCCACUGUAGAAGAAUUCCGGAGGCAGAAAAACAACAGUUUCAGCCAGUAGACUCCAGAAACAAAACGACUGCAUUACAUCGUUGUAAUUUACUAAUUUCACCAUGCAGGCCUUAGAUGGAGUGUAAGAAGGUAGAAAGGUAGAGCUUACAGCUUUGAGGAUGACGGCUAUACAAAGUAGUAUGGCUUUAGACAUGCUUUUGACUAAGGAAGGGGGGUAUGUCAUGUUGUGGGAGAUAAAUGUUGUACUUAUGUUCCCCCAAAUGAUGCCACCGUCAUAUUAAAGCCUUGAAUAACAUUAAGCAGCUAACCAAUAGUUUUACCAAGGAAGAAACACUGAAGGACACUUGGGGCAGGUUUGGAUGGCUGGCUCCACAUCUAUCAAAUUCCAAUUUUAGUUGUGAUCAUCAUCAUUUUUUUUGGACCUUGUCUGAUACACUGUGUACAGUCCUUAAUUUAAAGACCCAUGCAAAAUCUUGCUGCUCCAGCAUAGGCAAGACUGCAUCAACAACAUAUGGACAAGAAAUCAGGACUACAAAACACAUGAUGACAUGUUUUAUAUGGACGUGGAUUGUUUGUGAUUUUACAUGGCAUAUUAAUUAAGCAGUAACUUAAACCUAAAAGAAAUGCUAUUACAGAUGUAUUCAAUGUAAUUCGUAAUUUUUAUUUUACUUGUUAUGUUAAUACUUUGUUUAUAUGUUUUUAUCUGAUUUUGCCAACUUUACCAACUUUAUUAAUUUGAUUUGAUUGUCAUAAUAUGACAAACAGGAGGGAAUGUAAAUGAAAAUGUUAUUUAAUGCAUAACAAAGAACGCAUUGCUUGCAAUUAAGUGACCUACAGAUCCUGUUGCUCACGGUUUUACGACUUACAGAUCCCGUAGUAGUUCCUGUUUAUUACAGUUCCUGUUUAUUACCUUAAUAACAUCUGUUACCAUCUGCCAAUGUGUAAACUUUCCCACUGUCACACAAGGACAAUUGUCUCUAUGUAUAUAAGGGGAUCAUUCCCUUUCUCAGGAUCGCACUGCUGAGGUUUCUACAUGAAGGCUUGUCAGUGUGAUCCUUGCCUGCAGAUAAGAUUAAAACUCUUUUUCUACUUAUAA